CAACGCUGCAUUUGCAUACAGCGCGCCAAACAGCAGCGUGCUUUCCUUACUGCAGGUCGCUUCGUGUACCGUCAACCCGUUAAAUAAGCCGUUAAAACCCGUGAAUUAAUACACAAGCAUGCAUAUCUACUUCUGUGGGAGUAUCCGAGGCGGGCGACAGGACGUGGACAUCUAUCAGAAGAUCGUCCGCAAGUUAAAGACGUUUGGACAAGUGCUCACGGAGCACGUGAGCCACAGUGAGCUGUCAGAGAAAGGAGAGUACGCAGCUCUGCGCGGGGAGAAGGCCAUCCACCAGAGAGACAUGGACUGGCUAUCGCUGUCCGACGUGAUCGUUGCCGAGGUGACGCAGCCGUCGCUAGGGGUGGGCUACGAGCUGGGCCGAGCAGUUGCCAUGGAGAAGAAUAUCUUCUGUCUGUUCCGGCCCUCGUCCGAACGAUCGCUGUCGGCCAUGAUCCGCGGGGCGGACGACGGAGAACGGGUCCAGGUCCGCGACUACGCCGAGGAGGAAGUGGAGGCCAUUUUGGACGAGUAUUUCGCCAAGCUGAACAAAGUCUGAAGAAAUGGAUGAUCAAAUGUUUUUAUAAUGUAACCUGACCUCUGACCUCCCAGCUGAACGUGGGAACCGUUCAACCUGUGUGUUUUUUACCGUGUGUUGAUAUAAAAUCCAACAAUGCCUUGAACCGACAGCUGUGUUGUUUGGCUUUCGUUACACGUA